AUGUCGACUACAUUUCAGAAUCGCAGAGCCAACUUCAAGGCGCCUUCUAUCGAAGAUACUCAGAACUACCGGCGUCAGAAAGCUCUCGACGAGCAAAAACGCCGGCGGGCAAAACGCGUUGACUCCACGCGCCAACUGGAUGUCUUUGCUGAUCUUUCACUGGGACAAUCCGACGAUGAAGAACAAGAAGAUGUAGCUAUCGUUAGGACUGGCAUCGCUUCAUAUGCGUCGUUACUGCCACCCACGACUUUGGAAUCACAGCCGCCACAAUCUCAGCCCCCACUCCAGGCGAACGACGGGUCCAAAAAGAAAAAGAAAAAAUGGAGACCCAAGGCGAAACGGGAGACCGUGGCUACAACGAGCAAGUGGGCCGAUCAGUGCAUGUAUGCUGAAUUGCUGGAGAUGAGCGAGGAAGACUCGUGGAAUGAGGCAGAAGAUGGACUGCCAGACGACUUGGACACUGGCUGGGUCGCGGUUGCCCCGAUUCCAGUUGGAAAACGAUGUCUUGUUGUCACCGAUCAAUCGUUGGGAGUUCCCGGUGUUGUACCCAAUACGUGUUUACGAAGCAGAAAACUCGGGAAACUCCUUCUACCACGAUUCCCGUCUAUCCUUCCGCCCCUUACAGUACUUGACUGCAUUCUGGACGUAAACUGGCGCGAAAAUGGAGUUCUCCAUAUCCUCGACGUACAUAGAUGGAAAGGACAGGACAUUGGCGAUUGUGAGACACCUUUCCGAUUCUGGUGGCGAGAUACACGUAUAGCGGAGUUGCCUUUGUCUCCGCCCCCUUCAUCCAGCCCCAAAUCUGCUCUGUCGAGCUCGGAAAACCCCACAAGCGCGCAACUUCAAUACCGUUUUCCUUACCCAACACGUUUCCUGCCAAUUCCCUACCACCCCGAAACAACCCUGCGGUCUCUUGCAGAGGUGAUCAUUCCCUUGGCAAGAUCAUCGAGAACCCUUGAAGUUCAAAUUCCCAGAACAGAGCCGCAAGACAUCAGUGAUAUGGCUGUAGACCAAUCCGAGCUUGUCAAUAUCUCCACAGAUGUUUUAUCUGAUGGGCUGCUAUUAUACGUUUCUGAAGCAAGCUAUGAACCCGGAACAAGCCCGCUGAGCAGUUGGAUACCACUUGUGGAUUACAACGCUGGUGACAACCUGACGGCCUCAGCAUCAACAAGUGAGGGUCCGUUGGAUAUUUUCUUGAGGCGAGUCUUAAGAGUUGGUGCAAAGAAGGAUGUCUCGCAGCUCCCACGGUGCGAGUGGGAUGGAUAUCGAAUAAGAGGAUUCCGGACUGGCGCUGAGCUUGCGAGUGAACCAAUCACAAUUACUCUUUCUAAAAGCGAAUUCCUGGAAUUUACAUCACUCAGUAACCGUAGAACCCCCUGUAAAAAUGCUGGUUCCAAUAUGUGA